AUGGAAAAUAUAUCGGUAAAUCUGAAUGCACCCCCAAGUUCAGCAUCGUCGGAUAGCGACGCAAGUGAACCGAAGGAGUGCGAAACGCUAGAUCUCAACGUUGGAGUCCAUUCGAGCGACAGUGGCUAUGAAGUGGAAACACAACCGGACUGCUGCCCGGCCUCGCCGGCCACGGUACCGUCGAAAACGACACGUUCGAACUCGUUCGGAUCGCAGCUUCGCUCACCGAAACCCCGGCGCCAGCGAACAACGUCGGUGAAUCAGAACACCAUCAACUCGAAUGAGGCGAUAAUUCGGUCCAACAAUCGCACAAUCUACACAGCCGGUCGUCCACCGUGGUACAAUUGUGCUGGGCAGCAGGUGGAACCGUUCGUGAUAGGUAUCUGCGGCGGUAGCGCGUCGGGUAAAACAACCGUUGCACAGAAGAUCAUCGAAAGCUUGGACGUGCCGUGGGUAACGCUACUAUCCAUGGAUUGUUUCUACAAAAUACUGAACGACAAACAGCACGAACAGGCGAAUCGGAACGAGUACAACUUUGAUCAUCCGGACGCAUUUGAUCUGGACUUGAUGAAAGAUGUGCUACAGCGGCUCAAGGAGGGCCGGAAGGUCGAAGUGCCGGUGUACAAUUUUGUUACCCAUUCGAGAGAAAUACACACGAAAACAAUGUACGGUGCGAAUGUAAUCAUUUUCGAAGGCAUCCUAACGUUCCAUAGCAAGGAAAUCCUUAAGAUGCUGGACAUGAAAAUUUUCGUCGAUACAGAUGCGGACAUUCGACUGGGGCGACGACUUAAGCGAGAUAUCAUGCAGCGUGGCCGUGAUUUGGAGGGUGUGCUGAAACAAUAUUCUACCAUGGUGAAACCUGCGUAUAGUUGCUACAUCGCCCCUACCAUGGCACACGCCGACAUCAUAGUGCCACGCGGAUCGAGUAACAUUGUUGCCAUUCAGCUAAUUGUGCAACACGUGCACACUCAGUUGCAGUUACGAGGAUUCAAGCUGCGGGAAGCAUUAGCGCAUUCCUAUAUUGGACAACCGAUGCCGGAUUCGCUCAAGUUGCUUCCAACCACGCCGCAGAUUAAAGGUCUCCACACGUUCAUACGAAAUGCCAACACAGCGCGUGAUGAGUUCAUUUUCUACUCGAAGCGUUUGAUUCGUCUAGUGCUGGAGUAUGCGCUGAGUCUUUUACCUUUCCGAGGGGUGGAGGUGGAAACGCCUCAGAAUAUGCCGUACAAGGGCAAACGUAUGGCGUGUCAGAAAAUCUGUGGCGUAUCAAUUUUGCGCGCAGGAGAAACUAUGGAGCAAGCAGUAAGCGAUGUGUGCAAGCACAUUCGCAUUGGAAAGAUUCUAAUUCAAACGAAUCAGCUUACGGGAGAACCAGAGCUUUACUAUCUGCGUCUACCGAAGGACAUAAAAGACUAUCGGGUAGUGUUGAUGGAUGCGACAGUUGCGACAGGGGCUGCAGCUAUAAUGGCCAUUCGGGUGCUGCUAGAUCACGAUGUACCCGAGGAGAACAUUAUGCUCGUGUCUUUGCUGAUGGCAGAAAUCGGCGUCCAUUCAAUAGCGUAUGCGUUUCCCAAAGUGCAGAUAGUAACGUCUGCGCUUGAUCCGGAGAUAAACGAGAAGUUUUACGUCAUACCCGGUAUUGGCAAUUUCGGUGAUCGUUAUUUUGGCACCGAGCCAACCGAACCGUCAUCGCUAUAUGAAUAG